CAGCUGAUAUAAUCGGUCGCUAUAUUAUUAGUCCUUUUGAAAUAACGGUAAAGUAGAAAUACUAGAGUUACACUUAAUAAUCUAUGAAAGAAAAAUGUCAAUAUGUCUUCAUACUUAGAAUCUAUGACUUGCACUAUAUCAAAUGCGAGCAUCUAUUCAACAAGCAUACGAUUCUUAUUGCCCCACCAUCAAUUCAAAAGUAAUUCUCUCAGUAGCUCGACAAUAGUUGUUGCAAGCUCUUCGUACAGUGAAAUUGUGGCAGACUCGUUAUUUUAAAUUUUUUUAUUUUGAAUAUUAAAUUUUAAUUAUAUUUCUGAUCGUUAUUAUUUCAAUAAAUCAAUAGUAAUUAUCUGUACAAUCAUAAUUAAGUAGAGGAAUACUUUUUGUUUUUAAAAAUACUAGUAAGUAUAUACGUCAUUUAUAUUAUUGAUUAUACGAGUGAACUAUGCUGUGUAACAAUUAAUUAUUACGUUAACUUCAUUUCGGUAAUUGAACGAUAAUGGAUCAACAUAAAUCAUCAGUUCCAGAAAUUUUUUUGAUAAAGUCGACGUGUUUUGGAGAAAUGGCUGAAGAACGAUCAGAAAAUAACAAAAAUUUGUGUGCCAUUUUGAGUGGAAUUAAUAAAUUUUCAAUUGAUUUUUACAAAACAAUAUCCGAUUAUGAAAAAGAUAAUCUCAUUUAUUCGCCAUUAAGUAUUGGAAUCGUUUUAUCUAUGGCAGCUUUUGGAGCUCGUGAGAUGACUGAACAAGAAAUAAAAUCUGGUUUACAUCUGCAUCAAGAUAAUGAAGUCAAUAAAAACGGUUUUCAAUCGCUCAUUGAUACUUUCAAUAAAAUCGAAAAGGUUAAAUUCCAAUUAACCCAGACAAUUUUUACCAUUGAUGGUUUUGAAGUAAAACAUGAGUUCAAAAAUAUCAUAAAAAAUAUAUUCGGAUCCACGACAAAAAGUAUUAACUUUAAACAUUCCGCAGAAGCAUGUAAAAUAAUAAAUAAAUGGUGCGCAAAACAGACUAAUGACUGUAUUGAAGAGAUUGUUGAAUCUCAUGACUUAGAUAACGCAAUAAUGGUUUUGGCAAGUGUAGUUUAUUUUAGUGGCCCGUGGCUAUUUAAAUUUGAUUCAGAAAAUACUCGCCCAAGACCAUUUCAUAUUGAUGGAAAAACUACAAUAAAUGUUGAUGCAAUGUAUCAACUAAAUUCAUUCAACUAUGGACCUCUGCCUGACAUAGAUGCAGUUUAUAUCGAGCUUCCUUAUGAGAAAACAAAUAGAGAUGACGCUACAAGUAUGUUUAUAAUUUUACCUAAUGAAAUAAGCGAUCUGAGUAGAGUUAAGGAAUCACUUGCUGACAUAAAUUUCAAAUCACUUGAAAACAAUCAAAUAAAAACGGAAAUAUACUUGCAUAUGCCCAAGUUUAAAGUUCAAAGUACACUCAAGCUUGAGCCGUUUCUUGAAAAAAUGGGAAUGACUAAUAUGUUUCGAGACAAUGCUAAUUUUACUGGUAUUACAGACCGUCUGCCACUUAAGAUCAGUAAAGUAAUCCAGAACGCUUUGAUUGGAGUUAAUGAACAUGGAACUGAAGCUGCUACAACUGCUGCAACCAACGUGCUUUUUGAAUCAUCAAGGAGUUGGCACAGUACACCGAUUACAGUCGACGUUAAUCGUCCUUUUGUUUUUGUUAUUUAUCACAGCGCUACAAAUAGUAUCUUAUUGCAAGGACAUAUUAAGUCACCGUCAAACAAUAAUUUAACCGCAUUUAUUUUUUUAGAAAUUUUUAUUAUUUUCGGAGCUAUUGUAGCAAACGCUAUGGGAAAAAUAUCGCCAAGAGAUCCAAAAAAUGAUCUUUUUGCAAUUUCAAGAGCAAUAAAUAAAUUUUCAAUGGAAUUUUAUGAGAAAUUAUUAGAGUCAGCAACAGGUAAUUUUGUAUGUUCACCAUUAAGUGUCGCCGCUGUAUUGUCAAUGGCAGCUUAUGGUGCUCGGGGUACUACGGAACUCGAAAUGAAAUCCAAAUUACAUUUACCAGAAGAUGAUAUAGUCGGACAAAAGGGUUUUAAAUUACUUUUCGAGACUUUGGACAAAAUCAAGACGAUUGAUUAUAAAUUUCUGCAGUACAUAUUUACUGACGACUAUGUCAAAAUAAAUCCAGAUAUGAACAAAAUGACAUCUCGCUACUUCCAAACAGUUUCACAAAAUGUCAAUUUUGAAGAUGCUAGAAAAGCAGCUAAAAUAAUUAAUGCGUGGUGUGAAAAAAAUACAAACAAUAUGAUUAAAGAUAUUAUUCAACCUGAUGACGUUGCGGAUGCGCUUUUGGUUCUCGUAAAUGCAAUUUACUUCAAAGGACAUUGGAAGUCACAAUUCAAACCUGAAAACACGAGUCUCCAACCAUUUUUCGUUGAUAAACAAACUUCUAAACCUGCGCAUAUGAUGAGUGACAAGAACGAAUAUAAUUUUGGACUGAUAUCUAAUUCAAAUGAUCUUUAUAUUGAGCUCCCCUAUGAGACUAAUGAUCCCAACAGUUCGGUGAGUAUGUUUGUCAUGCUCCCGUUUGAAGAUAAUUUUGAAACCAGUCUUCAAGAGAUGAACUUCAAAGAAAUGCAUGACGAAAAAAAUAUAGACAAAUUGGAACUGAUCAUGCCUAAAUUAAAACUUACAAGUACACUUGAUCUUCAGCCUACUUUAGAAAAAAUGGGAAUGCGCGAAAUGUUUACAGAUCGUGCUAAUUUUAGCGCUAUUAGCGAUCUACCACUAAAAAUUACUAAAAUUAAACAGAAAGCUUUCAUUGAAGUGAACGAAGAAGGAACGAAAGCCGCAGCUUCUACAGCGAUGGUUGGGAAGUUAAAAAGCGCAGGUUUAUUACGAUUAGUUGUUAAUAAACCAUUUAAUUGGGUGAUUGUCCAUAUAGAGACAAAUACAAUACUUUUCGCAGGCCACGUCAGAGAUCCAACUUAUUAAACUACUUAAUUAUAAGCUUUAAUUAGAAUAUUAUAAAUAGCAAAUACUAUUUAUGUUUGUAGUAAAGAUUGUAAAUUUAGUAAUAAUAAUUACUGUAAAAAGAAUAAUAAAAAAAAUUUUGAGAUGUUGAUAAACAGAA